AUGAUAUGGAAAAGCAUACAGAAUGUGGUGGGGUUGUCGUGCGUCUACACGUGUGUCCUGUUUGUGUGUCUUCUGCCGGGUGGAGGGGUUGUGGAGGGGGUGCGGGACUUGACAAUUGUGCCUGGACAGAUAGGCUGUGAAGUCGCAGACAUGGUCAUCACCAAAAUAGAGGAGUUCGGAGUAUUCACUGUCAAUCACCAGUUUCUGUUGAAUCGCAUUGCGAUGAUGACGUCAUUCGGAGCUAAGAUGGUAGACAGGAAGGCAGCCGGGAUCUGGAGCAUCAAUAUGGCCAUGUUUGAGGCCAGUCUGCAGAUAGUGAACCAGGACAAGUCACUCUCUGUCAGGAUAGAGGCCAAGUUCUGCAUCAUCUGGUCCCAAGUCACAUUUGAUGACAUGAACAAGCCCAUAUACUCCGGACUGGCAGCUAUGAUACUAAUUGAGUGGGCGGAACCUUAUGGGGUAUUUGCACAGCAACCGUUUACUCCUCGUUUAAACCCAAAGUUUUUUAGAAUCAACUACAAGAACUUGUUCAUGCAGAUCUCUAAAAAGUGGGACUUGAGCCUCUUCGGCAAAAGCUGCAUGCAGUGUUCUCUCCAGUCUGCCGAUUUGACCUUUGUCAUUGACGCAUCUUCAAGUAUAGAUGAUGAGGAGUGGCACUAUGUGCAGAAAUUCAUGAUGAAAAUGGCGACUCUGUUGCCGGUUGGAUUGAAGCAAAGUCAAUCUCGGAUCGGCAUAGUUUUCUUUCAUAAAAGGACACUUGUGUAUGACUACAUGAAAGUGAAUGAGUACAUGGAAGCGUACAGUGAGAGGGAUUAUGCAAUGAAACAACUGUUUCGAAGUUAUUACAAAAAUGGGUAUGGGACUUAUACGCACAAUGGCAUUGAUUCGGCCAGGGAUCUGAUAUUGAGGGGCAGCGGAACCAGGUACGGGGACGACACUGUGAAACAAGUGAUGGUGGUCAUCACUGAUGGAAAGAGCAAGAGCGAAACCAAACUGAGAAGCGCCAUGAACAAGUUCAGAAAUGAAGUGAAAGGAGUGCAUGUGUUUGCUGUGGGUACAAAACGAUCAGCAGACGAGGACGAACUGAAGGUGAUGGCCGUGAAAGAUGAGAACGUGUUACUCUACCCGAAGCCGAAAGAACUCUUCAACGACGUGAAUGGGCUUCUUCUCAAGAUAUGCCGAGCCCCUACUGCUGUUCAGUCUAGACCCACGCUACCAACUGCCAAUGAUCCGUCCAAUGGUGGAAUAGGCCAAUACAAUCCAAACUACCACUUCAGGAAGAAGUUUGCUAUCAAGAGUGCCUCGGUGGGCGCUGGUUAUAAAAUGGUCAUGAAUUAUGACAGAGGCAGUGCUUUAUCAUUUCAAAUGAGUUCGUCUUUUAAUAUGCAGGCUUUCUUCUCGUUUUCACAUUCUCAUCCGAGCCUAUCUGACAACGAUUUUCAAGCGGUGGUCACGCCUGGUAAAAAACAACCCGUUUUUGUCAAACCACCCGAGACAUUUAUGUGGGACAUAUGCCAAAACCCGCCUCACGAGAAGCCCAAUUUCCCUACUCCAAUAGACGAAAUUGUUAUCAGAACAACCACUUUAAAGCGCACUGAAACGACCUCGCCAACCGAAACCACAUCUCCUACCAAAACGACUUCGCAGACCGAAACAACUUCGAGAACCUGGUCUUCGCCAAUAACAUCAUCGACUAGCUCGUCGACAACAUCUUCGACUAGCUCGCCGACAACAUCUUCAACAACGUCUUCGACAACAUCUUCAACAACGUCCUCGACAACAUCUUCUACAACGUCCUCGACAACAUCUUCAACUACGUCGUCGACAACAUCUUCAACAACGUCCUCGACAACAUCUUCGACUGCCAGCCUUGAACAAGAAACAACUGAAAUGACUGAAAUGGGUUCCAAUGCCAUCAUUGACGACGAUUAUGAUGAUAAAAGCAGAGCCGUGUAUGACGUGGAUGAAAAUGCCGAGGAUGAAAUUGAAAUCCCGAAGACUUUUAAGGAAGAAAAACCCAACUUUGGCAACAUGCAGAAAAUAAAAAAGCUCAGAAGGUCAGAUGAAGAAAGCAGAAUUAGGAGGAGACGACAAGCCAACGGAUGUCCACCGGAACCAGAGCCAUGUCUGGACAUGUUGAACACAGACCCAGACGAUUUGAAGUCAAACAAAUCAGCUGAUGUGACUAUGGAUUUAAUAACCAUGGAUGACGACCCCCAAGCCGUAGACAACACCGAUAUCGAAGGUGUAAACAUGGGAGUCUUCGCCAACCAUAUUGCAGUUAAAAAGUAA